AUGAGGGACUCCUUGAAGCAAACAUGGAAGCAAAAGCAAUUUGAGUCCACCCUGUUGACGGCCUGCAAUGGUGGCGACCAAGGGCGGAUCCGCCGUCUGUUGGAAGAGAAGGGGGACCACAUCACUCCAAACUUUCAAAAUGAACAUGGGACAACUCCUCUACACUUUGCAACAUCCCGCACAGGUUGUGUUCUGGCAUUACUCGAGUUUGGAGCCAAUGUGAAUGCUCAAAAUGAGGAGGGUGACACACCUUUGCAUUGGGCCGUGUUUUGGGGCAAAUUAGGUCCCAUAAAAGCACUGCUGGAAAAGGGGGCCGAUCCCACCUUGGUAAACCAAAAUGGCCAAACACCACGACAACUGGCAUUGGAUCAAGAGAAGGAAAUAUCAGAGGAUGUCAUUGAACUGCUAAAAAUUGCAGAAGAACGAUAUGCCAGUGGCAAGAAGAGUCAGCCACCAAAAGUACCGGUAGCACAUCAUGGGACAAGCGAGAAGAAGACACGAGAAGACCGGCAUGCCAGUCCAAAAGAGAAACCGAAACCAAAAGUAGCUAAUCAGGUGGCAUCCAAGAAAAAGACAUUGCAAGAUCUCCCUCCCGGUGAAAAGAAGCCGAGACCAAAACCCCGUGGGGUGCCGUCAGGACGAGAAUUAGAAAGGCCACAAGCUCCGCAUGGAGGGAAACAGGAACAGCAACCACAACCAGCACACAAGAAAUUGGAGCAAAGAUCAUCUUCAUCCUCAUUGAAGCAAACAUGGAAGCAAAAGCAGUUUGAGUCGACAUUGUUGACUGCCUGCAAUGGUGGGCUUGUAAGUCGCAUCCGACGUUUGUUGGAACAGCAGGGGGAUUACAUAACUCCAAACUUUGAAAAUGAGCAUGGGACAACUCCUCUACACUAUGCAACAGGUCACAGGGACUGUGUCCAAGUCUUAUUGGAAUUUGGUGCUGACAUCAAUUUUCAGAAUGAUAAAGGUGAUUCUCCUCUACAUUGGGCUGUAUUCUUUGGCAAACCAGGCCCCAUUCAUCUGUUGCUCAAUGGAGGAGCAAAUCCUACUCUUGUCAAUCACAAAGGUCAAACACCCCUUCAAAUGGCACAAGAGGAAACCAAGACACCAGAUUCUGUCAUUCAGCUAUUGCAGGAAGCAGAAGAUUUGUUUAGAAAGAAACAGCAACAACGGCAAGAACUUGAACGGGAAAAUGAGCUUCGGGAAAGACAAGCAAGGCUCCACCAAAAUGCAUUGGAAUCCCAAUUUGAAACUCGAGCGGAACUUGACUUUGAAAUUCAACGCUUACAGCGGAUUGUAUCCACCCAAGGGGCACAGAAUGUUGUUGAUCCAUCUGCAUUGGAAGCAGCCUUGAAAGCUCAAGAACAAGUCACGUUAUUGACAAAACUACGCAAGUUGGCAAAGUUUCAAUGGACCGUGAAGGAUUUGACGCAACAAGCAUCAGCUCUACAAUCUAAAGUAGCAUCAAUGGACUUGUCCCUCGAGAAGAUUGAAACAAGCAAGCAGCUGCAGGAACUUAGAGAGCGGUUGCAGGCAGAACAGCAAGCCCACGAGCGAUUGGCUGAUGAUGAUGAUGGUGAGGACGAUGCAGAAACAUCGUUAGAUCACUCAUCGUCGCAGCGUGGUAAAACGAAAUCACAAAUCAACAAUCAUCAUCACAACACCAAAAAGACGAUGAGCAUCAAUGAGCCAGUCAUGUGGGGCGUUUCCUAUGACCAGCUCAAGGAUUUCAGAGCUUUGGUGUCCAAAACCUUUGCCGGAAAAAAUGGCAAUGCACAAACCCAGCCAACCAUGCAUGAUGUCAACCAACACAUUCUCAUACCAAUCUGUCAAGAAUCCAACACUUCAUACGCUCUGACUCUCAAUCCCAAGGGCCUCCGGGCUGAAAUCUUUUGUACCCAUUGCUGGGAUGAGCCGGUUAUCGAGUUUGUGACCUCGUUACUCGAACCGUUUGAACGCUUCCUCAAGAAGCCAAACUUCUGGAUAUGUGCCCUGGCUCUUCCCCAGGGCAACCCGCAAACGCUUCAAGCACAACUGGAUCGACCCAUUGAGGCGUCCCCCUUUGUAGCGGCCCUGCAGGAGGCCUCACAAUUUGUGGUAGUGCGUAAUCCUGUCACUGAUUUGUACAGUAGAAUGUGGUGUGUUUGUGAGUUGAUCUAUGCUAAGCAAUUUGGAUUGGUCCCGGACAAGACUGUCGUCACUGGCAAUCAUCCCUUUGCGGAUCGCACUACAAGUUGCUUGGAGGCCAGAGCCAGUCAACCCUCUGACAAGGGCAAGAUCUUGAAGCACCUGCUAUUCCAGUCAGACUUUCAAGCCAUUGACAGUAUCAUCAAUGAACUACGCAAGUUUUAG